AAAAUUAACUGGGGCAAAGGUACAUAAGCACGUGAUUAAACAGGUGACGGUGAUUGGCGUGUACUUCGUUCUUGCUCGGAGGAGGGUGAAGAUUUUACUCGACUUUUAAGUGUCAUUUUUACUGUCGAAAAAGCCAUGCAUUUGAAUAAGGUUUUGAGGGCAGGUGUUCAGGCUGGGCUAAGGUUUCAGAGCACUAGUGCUCAAGCUGGUGUCAAAGUUGCUGCUGCCACCUCCACAUCAGCUCAUGGAGGAUUCUGUUUUGAAUUAACUGAUCAGCAGAAAGAGUUUCAGGCAUUGGCAAGAAAGUUUGCACGGGAGGAGAUUAUCCCUGCUGCCCCAGGAUAUGAUAAAAGUGGUGAAUAUCCAGUUCCUCUGAUUAAAAAAGCAUGGGAGUUGGGUCUAAUGAAUGGACAUAUUCCAGAGGAUUGUGGUGGAAUGGGUCUUGGCAUAUUUGAAGCAUGCCUCAUCACUGAGGAGCUUGCCUAUGGCUGCACAGGAGUACAGACCGCUAUUGAGGCAAACUCUCUUGGACAAAUGCCAGUCAUUAUUGCUGGUAAUGAUGCUCAGAAGAAGAAAUAUUUGGGUAGAUUGACAGAGGAGCCACUAAUGUGUGCGUACUGUGUGACUGAGCCGGGUGCAGGGUCUGACGUGGCUGGAAUAAAGACCCAGGCUGUUAGGAAGGGAGAUGACUACGUGAUCAAUGGUCAGAAAAUGUGGAUCACCAAUGGUGGAAAAGCAAACUGGUAUUUCCUGCUGGCCCGUACAAAUUCUGAUCCUAAAUGCCCUGCUAGCAAGGCUUUCACAGGUUUUAUUGUUGAUGCUGACACCCCAGGAGUCCAGCCUGGCAGAAAGGAAAUGAACAUGGGCCAGAGAUGCUCAGAUACAAGGGGCAUCACGUUUGAAGAUGUUGUAGUUCCAAAGGAGAAUGUUUUGAUUGGAGAAGGAGCUGGCUUUAAGAUUGCCAUGGGUGCAUUUGACAAGACCAGACCACCAGUGGCUGCAGGUGCCACUGGUCUUGCACAGAGAGCACUCGAUGAAGCCACCAAGUAUGCUUUGGAAAGAAAGACAUUUGGCAAGCUCAUUGCAGAGCAUCAAGCAGUCUCAUUCAUUCUUGCUGAAAUGGCCAUGAAAGUGGAGCUUGCAAGGAUGGCAUAUCAGAGAUCCGCUUGGGAAGUGGAUCUGGGCCGUAGAAACACAUACUAUGCUUCCAUUGCUAAGGCCUUUGCCGGAGACAUCGCAAACCAGUGUGCUGCUGAUGCCGUCCAGAUCUUUGGUGGAAACGGUUUUAAUAGUGAAUAUCCUGUGGAGAAGCUGAUGAGAGAUGCCAAGAUUUUUCAGAUUUAUGAAGGCACUGCUCAAAUCCAAAGGCUUAUUAUCUCAAGAGAGCACUUUGACAGAUUCAAACAAUAAAGCUGUAAACCCAAUAAAAUCAUGCCAGAAGCAAUUUUGUUUACAGGCUUUUGUACAUACUGAUGUUUUGAUCAAUGGAUCUCAAGAUAAGGAAUAAUAUUAUUUUAGGAUUAAAGCCCAAUUUAUGGUCCAGGGUAGGUUCUACGCUGUGUAGGCUAUGCGUACGUCGUGCAAAUGUGUGAAAAAAAAACGUUUGUUGUUCCACCUCGAUGUGGACGACUACGCAAAUACUUUUAUUAUGAAGGAAACCAAUGCGUAGCCUACUGUGUCCGGUCUACGGCGUAGAUCUUGCACUGAACUAUAAUGAUGGCUUAAGGAAGAAUAAAAUCUCAGGAUUAAUAAAGAUUGCAGAUUGUCGGUUCUACACAGAGCUCCAGUUGCCUCGUCAUAUCAGCAUGCCUUGUAUUAUUUUGGUUUGUAGCCUUGAACAAUUAAUGUAAAAAAGUUUAAUCAAAGUAGCAUUAGUUACAUAGCUCUUCUUUUUUUUUUUUUU